AAAAAAUAAAAUAAAAAAAAGGUUUAUGACUCAAGAGUCUGUCCAAUCAAAACAUAUGUCAUGAUAAGCCACCACAGGUACAAAAUCAUGGCUGCUGAAGCACCAAAGACCGCCAAACGUGAUGCCCUUCGUGCACUUGAAGACAAGGCACGUAGCCUUUGGGAUAACGAAAAGGCUUUUGAAAUCAACGCCCCUACUAUUGAAGAACACCCCAACUCAGAGGACCUUCACCAAGUUUAUCCCAAGUACAUGUCUACCAUGCCUUAUCCUUACAUGAAUGGUCGUCUUCAUUUAGGUCACGCCUUUACUUUCUCAAAGAUUGAAUUCGGUACUGGUUAUGAACGUAUGAAGGGUAAGCGAGCUCUUUUGCCUCAAGGUUUCCAUUGUACCGGUAUGCCCAUCAAGGCCAGUGCAGAUAAAAUUGUGCGUGAAAUGGAAAUGUUUGGUAAAUAUUUCGAAAAGUAUGAGGAAGUUGCUUUAGCCAAUGACCUUGAAAAGAAAGCUGAAGUCAAGAACGUCAAGAGUAAAGUGGCUGCCAAGACAGGUAAUGUCACUUACCAAUUCCAAAUCAUGUUGUCACUCGGUAUUCCCAAGGAAGAAAUUCACAAAUUUGCUGAUCCUUAUUACUGGACUGAAUUCUUCCCUCCUCAAACAAUUGCUGAUUUAAAUGCUUUUGGUGCCAAGGUUGAUUGGAGACGUUCUUUUAUCACCACAGAUGCUAAUCCUUACUAUGAUUCCUUUGUUCGUUGGCAAAUGAGAAAAUUGAAGGCAAUGCAAAAAAUCAAGUUUGGUGAACGUUAUACGAUUUACUCUAUUUUGGAUAACCAACCUUGUAUGGAUCACGAUCGUGCUUCUGGUGAAGCUGUAGGUCCUCAAGAAUACACAGGUAUUAAGAUGAAGGUGCUUGAAUGGUCUGGUCCCGCUCAAGAAGCCCUUGCUUCUUACGCUGAUGUACUCAAGGGCAAGAAUGUGUAUUUGGUCGCUGCUACCCUCAGACCUGAAACCAUGUACGGUCAAACCAACUGUUUUGUAGGCCCUGACCUUGACUAUGGUAUUUACAACAUCAACGGUACCGACGCCUACCUCUGUACUGAACGUGCUGCUCGUAACAUGUCUCAACAAAAGAUCUUUGCUGAUGGUCGUACGACCAUUGAAAAGUUGGCUGACAUUAAGGGUGCUGCUGUUGUUGGUACCAAGAUUCAUGCUCCUCUGAGUAUUUAUCCUUCUGUCUAUGUGCUUCCUAUGGAAACUGUCUUGGCUACCAAGGGUACUGGUGUUGUUACCUCUGUGCCUUCUGACUCUCCUGACGAUUUUGCCACUUUGUCUGAUCUCAAGAAGAAACCCGAGUAUUACAAGAUUGAUCCCUCUUGGGUGCAAGGUUUUGAGCCUGUUCCUUUGAUCGAUACACCCAACUAUGGUAACUUGAUUGCUCCUAAGCUCUGUGAAAUCAAAAAGAUCAACUCUCAAAAGGACCGUCUUCAACUUGCUGAAGCCAAGGAAAUUGCUUACAAAGAAGGUUUUUACCAAGGUACUAUGUGUAUUGGUGAAUUCAAGGGUGAAAAGGUCCAAGAUGCCAAACCCAAGGUCAGAGAAGCCAUGAUCAAGGCUGGUGAAGCUUUUGCUUACAGUGAACCUGAAAGUUUGAUCAUCUCUCGUUCUGGUGAUGAGUGUGUUGUUGCUCUUUUGGAUCAAUGGUACAUUGAUUACGGAGAAGAAGAAUGGUUAGCCAAAACCAAGAAGUGUUUGUCUCAAAUGAACACUUACACGACUGAGACCAGAAACCAAUUUGAAUCUGUCUUGGACUGGUUGAAUAAGUGGGCUUGUGCUCGUAGCUUUGGUUUAGGUACCAAGUUGCCUUGGGACGAACAAUUUUUGGUUGAAUCUCUCUCUGAUUCUACUAUUUACAUGGCUUAUUACACUGUUGCUAACCUCUUGCACGGUGGCUCCAUUAACGGCAGAGUUGUGGGUUCUGCUGGUAUCAAGCCUGAACAAAUGACCGAUGCUGUUUGGGACUAUGUCUUUAAACUCACUGAGUACCCUGCUGAUUGUGGUAUUCCUCAAGCUACUUUGGAUCGCUUGAAGCGUGAAUAUGAAUACUUUUACCCUCUUGAUAUCCGUGUUUCUGGUAAAGACUUGAUUCCUAACCAUUUGACCUUCUUCAUCUAUAAUCACACUGCCAUCUUCCCUGAAAGCAUGUGGCCUCGCGGUAUUCGUUCCAACGGUCACUUGAUGCUUGAUUCUAAAAAGAUGAGUAAGUCCACAGGUAACUUUAUGACCAUGAACGACGCUGUCCUCAAGUACGGUGCUGAUGCUACUCGUUUUGCUCUUGCUGAUGCCGGUGACUCUGUGGAAGAUGCCAAUUUUGAAGAUUCUACUGCUAAUGCUGCCAUCUUGCGUCUCCACACCCUUUUGGAAUGGGCCGAAGAUCAACUUGCCAAGCAAGACAGUCUUCGUGAAGGUGAAUUGAACUUCUUUGACAAGAUCUUUGAGAAUGAGAUGAACAAGUUGAUUCUUGAAACCGAAGCUGCUUAUGAAGCCACUUAUUACCGUGAAGUCUUGAAGUACGGUUUGUUUGAAUUCCAAGCUGCCAAGGAUGCUUAUCAACAAGCCAGUAUUGAAUGUGGCAUGCACAAGGACCUUGUGAUGCGUUACAUUGAACUCCAAGCCUUGCUUGUGUCUCCCAUCACACCUCACUGGUCUGAACAUAUCUGGGGUACUUUGCUCAAGAAACAAGGGUUGAUUGUUGAUGCUCGUUUCCCCAAGGUCUCUGCUCCUGUUGAUGAAUCACUUGAUGCUGCUACUCGCUAUAUUAGAAAGACCAUCAAGUCUGUCCGUGAUGCUGAAAUUGCUUUAGGCAAGAAAAAGAAGAAGGGAAAGGCUGCCGAAAACGAAUACAAGGCCAACGAACCCAAGUCCCUCAAGAUCUAUGCUGCUACCAAGUUCCCUGAAUGGCAAGAAACUUGUUUGGUUACCAUGAAGAAUAACUACAAGGAUGGUCAAUUUGAUGACAACACCAUUCGUCAAGAGUUAGGUGCUCAAGGUAUUCUCAAGAACAAGAAAGCCAUGCCUUUUGUUCAAGAACAAAAGAAAUUGAUCCUCAAGGAAGGCCCCUCUGCCUUUAACCGUGCCUUGAACUUUAACGAAGUUGAAAUACUUCACAAGGCCACUGAUGAACUCAAGCGUGCCCUUGGUUUCCACACUAUCACUAUCCUCGGCCAUGAAGAAUGGACUGAAGAAGACUUGAAGGCUGCUGAAAGCUCUGUUCCUGGUGCUCCUUCUUUCAGCUUCAAGAACGAAUCUCAAUAAUUUUUAUAAUUUGUAAUUAUUUAUUAUUAAAAAGAAAAAUAGA